GUAGGGAAUUCUAAUCAGCCUAAUCCAGAAGAAGGGAAAAAUUCCACCGCCAUAGCUGCAACAAUGAAACUGAGAAUCAGGUCAUUGGAAACCAAACAAACCCUCAAAAUCGAAGUACCAUCAUCUUCUUGUACGCUUGAACAACUCAAACAUCUCAUCUCACAAGCCUUUCCAUCAUCAUCUUCCUCGGUUUCGGAUUCGGAUUCAAUUCAUCUUUCCCUUAAUAGAAAAGAUGAAGUUUAUCAGAAUUCUGAAGAAGAUACGCUUCAGUCUAUUGGUAUUACAUCAGGUGAUCUUGUUUACUUUACUCGCAAUCCUAAUGUGUUUUCAAUUUCAACUGAUGCAAUUUUACCCAAAUUGGACAACCAAACUGGCCAUAAAGUGGAAAAUAUGAACACCCAUAUUGUUCAAGAAGCUAAAAUGGUGGAAAAUUUGGACACCCAAAGUGUUCAAGAAGCUGAAUUGAUGAAAAAUAUGGACACCCAAAUUGUUCGAGAAGCCGAAAAGGUGGAAAAUUUGGACACUCUAAUUGGUCAAGAAGCUGAAAAGGUGAAAAAUCUGGACCCCCAAAUUGUUCAAGAAGCUGAAUUGAUGAAAAAUAUGGACUCCCAAAUUGCCCAAAAAGUGGAAAAUAUGGACACCCAAAUGUAUGAGGAAGCUGAAAAAGUGGAGAAAAUGGACCCCCAAAUUGUCCAAAAAGUGGAAAAAAUGGAUACUCAAAUUGUUCAAGAAGCUGAAAAGGUGAAUAAUUUGGACACCCAAAUGGAUGAAGAAGCUGGAUUGGUGAAAGAAAUGGACACCCAAAUGGAUGAAGAAGCUGAAAUGGUGAAAAAAAUGGACACCCAAAUGGAAGAGGAAGCUGAAGGAGGAAAGAAAUUGGAACCCCACGAGGCGAAAACCCGAAAUUUGGUACCUGAGGGAGAGGGAAAAAAGGAGUUUAUGGAGGUGGAUGAAAAUGGAGAUUAUAGUGAUGUGAAUUUUACAAAGUCUUUAUCUGUACCUGGGUUUUUAAGGAAAGUGUUCACAGAGGAGCUAAACGAUGAUGGUGGCCGUGAUCAUAAGCUGUUGGUGGUUGCUGUUCAUGCUGUUUUUGUUGAAUCAGGGUUUGUUCUUGUUGAUCCUUUUACGUUUACCGAGGUUAGUGGAUGUCAGUUUUUGAAAUGUUGGCCUUCGGGUGGUUCUCGAAUGAGACUGUUUUACACAUUGCCUGAGGCUAUUGAUCAUAUAAAACGCGGUGAUUGUAAUGUGAUUGAUACUGUUGAGUUAAAGUUUCAGUCUUUAGGGAAGUUCUUUAUUGCGAAUGGUUCGUUAUCUGGUGGGGGUUCAGUUUCCACGCAUAGAGUGACAUUGAACGAAGAUCAAUUGGUUCCUUUUCUGAAUGUUGUGUGGGCCAAUUGUGGAUUAAAUGAGGAUGUAGAUGGGGGUUUUGGAGAGAGGGAAGUUUUUGUGUUUUGGAGGAACGUUAAGGAUGGGCUCGUAUUGCCAUUGUUGAUUGAUUUGUGUGAUAAGUCCGGUUUGGUGCUUCCACCUUGCUUUACGCGACUUCCAACUGACCUUAAGUUGAAGAUUUUGGAAUCCCUUCCGGGUGUUGAGAUAGCGAAAGCGAGUUGUUUGAGCUCUGAAUUGCGAUAUUUGGGUUCGAGCGAUGAUUUGUGGAAGAAGAAAUACGCGGAGCAGUUUGGAGAUGGUGAGAUAUCAGGAGAAGGGGGACACUGGAAAGAGAAGUUUGUUAAAUCUUGGGAGUGUAGGAAGAGAAGGAAAGUGAUUAAUAUAAGAAGAGUAGUUAAUCCGUUGCGAUUUGUAGGUCGUCCUCAUCCAUUUCCGGGACCUUGGAUGCCACAUAUAAUUGGUGGAGAUUAUGAUCUUUUCCCUCCACCAUUUGAUAAUACCGGAAAUCCGUUUGGGCGGGCCCCACCUUCUCGAUUGCUCCAUCCGCGGUCGAACCAUGUACGUCGUUGUCAUCUUGGAGGACAUAGGAGCAACUUCACUUGAAGUCUUUAGCAGUACCCCAUAAUUACUGAUUAAAGCUAGAAAGUAUCUCUUUGAGCCGAGGGUCUUUCGCAUCUCUACCUCCCCAGACCCAUAUGUGGAAAUACACGGGUAUAAUGUUGUUGGUCUAAUGGAAAUAGCCUCUUAACUUGCAAAGGCAGAGAUAAGAUCUGCGUACAUCUAUAUUGCUCAGACAGUUGGACUCUCCAGAAAUGCUGUCUUGUCGCUCCUGUGUUGGAUUAUCAAAAAUAUAUUAUUUUUGGAGGAUUUGACAUACGUCUGUCCAGAAAUGCUGUCUUGUCGCUCCUGUGUUGGAUUAUCAAAAAUAUAUUAUUUUUGGAGGAUUUGACACACGUCUGUCAACAUCUAUGUUGCUCAGACAGUUGGACUCUCCAGAAAUGUUGUCGCUCCUGUGUUGGAUUAUCAAAAAUACAUUAUUUUGGAGGAUUCGACACACGCCUGUCAACAUUAUUGAAGAGUCCGCACAAGAUAGGCGUACAUCUAACCUUCCCCAAAUCCCACUUGCGUUUAAACUGGGUUUGUUGUUAUUAAAUCCCACUUGGGUUUAAACUGGGUUUGUUGUUCUUAUUGGAGAUGUGCCAGUGCCAACGCUCGCACGACCAUCAACUAUUUUUUUGUUGUUAUUGGAGAUGUGCCGGUGCCAACGCUCACACGGCCAUUAGCUAUUUUUUUAAUCGAAAUGCACCACUAUCAGGGCGGA